GCAAGAAUAAGAGUGAAGAAGAAUAUCGCUAAGCUGCUGAACGAGGAAUGAGUGGAAAGAGUGCCGUUUGUUUAUGGACAGUCAAACUAGAGUUGUAGGAGUGUGUGUGUGUGUGUGAGAUCUCAGAGCUUCACACCUCACGGCACAAUGAGACGAGUGAAGACAGAGACUGUUCACGUGUAACGAGAGAAUCCAUGUGAGAUUAGAGCUCUGGCCGUCUUGAUUCUUCUCACUCGCAGCCGAGGUACGAAGGAGAAACGUCCGCUUGUGCUUUUGUUUCAGCUUUGCGCUAAAGUGUGUGUGUGUGUGUGAGAGUGAGUGAGGGGGAAAGAGGGGCAUUUUGGAUUGUUGUGAUCACACUGCGUGGCCCGGGUCAGGAUGCAGGUGUCGUUUGUGUGCACCGACCACCGCUCGAUGAGCCGCAGCACGGACGAGCGCAUGAACCGGCAGAACGCCAGCAGCCCGAACGCCGGCACGCGCAGCAAGUUCAGAGCCGUUGCCAUGGUGGCACGCAGCCUCGGACAACUGUCCGUCCAGAGCGUGCCGUCCUCCAGCGACCAGAGCAUAAGAACCGGCAUGAAGUAUAGAAAUCUUGGGAAGUCUGGAUUGAGGGUGUCGUGCCUCGGGUUAGGAACAUGGGUGACGUUUGGGGGUCAGAUCACAGACGAGAUGGCCGAACAGCUGAUGACUCUGGCGUACGAGAACGGGAUCAAUCUGUUCGACACGGCUGAGGUCUACGCUGCAGGAAAGGCUGAGGUGGUGCUGGGUAACAUCAUAAAGAAGAAAGGAUGGAGGCGUUCCAGUUUAGUGAUCACCACAAAAAUAUUCUGGGGUGGAAAAGCAGAGACCGAACGAGGACUUUCCCGGAAGCACAUAAUAGAAGGUUUAAAAGCUUCACUGGAGAGGUUGCAGUUAGACUACGUAGACGUGGUGUUCGCUAACAGACCCGACCCCAACACGCCCAUGGAAGAGACGGUGCGAGCAAUGACCCAUGUGAUCAAUCAGGGAAUGGCGAUGUACUGGGGCACGUCCCGCUGGAGUCCCAUGGAGAUCAUGGAAGCGUACUCCGUGGCACGACAGUUUAACCAGAUCCCCCCGAUCUGCGAGCAGGCCGAGUAUCACAUGUUCCAGAGAGAGAAAGUCGAAGUGCAGUUGCCCGAACUCUUUCAUAAGAUCGGCGUAGGCGCAAUGACGUGGUCUCCGCUGGCCUGUGGGAUCAUCUCAGGGAAAUACGACAGCGGCGUUCCACCGUACUCUCGCGCCUCUCUCAGGGGCUACCAGUGGUUGAAGGACAAGAUCUUGAGCGAGGAAGGCCGGCGUCAGCAGACGAAGCUGAAAGAGCUGCAGGCCAUCGCCGAGCGGCUGGGGUGUACGCUGCCACAGCUCGCCAUCGCGUGGUGCCUAAGGAAUGAAGGAGUCAGCUCCGUGCUCUUAGGAGCCUCCAACACGGAACAGCUGAUGGAGAAUAUAGGAGCGAUACAGGUCCUUCCGAAGCUGUCGUCCUCCAUCGUGCACGAAGUGGACAGCAUACUGGGGAACAAGCCCUACAGUAAAAAGGACUAUCGCUCAUAGUGUGUGUGUGUGUGUGCGCGUGUGUGUGUGUGUGUUGCCCAGAGGCCACCCUGCACUGAGCCCUUUGCCUGUUCCUCUGUUUGCUUGAGCUUUUACUUGAAUGAGUAAGCAGCAGCGCAUGAGACUGGCAGGUACACCCACAUACACGGGGAAUAAUCAAGAGAAAUAUCAAAAAAUACACACAAAAAAAAAUAGAGAUUAAUAUUAACGGAAAGAGAAAAAGAAAGAGAAAAAAGAAAGAUCUAGACCUUCCUCCCUGGGAGGAUUAUUACAAGUUGAUUAAAGAAGAAGGAGAAAGAGGCAAAAAAAAAUAAAAAUCGCACACAAACGCUUGCUUUGGCUGUAGGAAAUAUUCGGUUUUCCUCCUGCGCAUUGUUUUUGAUACUCGACGCAUAUUUGACCAAAAAUAAAAACGUAUGUUAAAAAAAUAAAUAAAUGCAGUGCUUCGUUUGAUCUAGACGAUCGCGUCAUGAUUAGUUGCACAUCUCCCGUAGUCACUCAUGAGGUCCGUCUCUCCGAAACCAUUCACUGUGUCGUCUGCGUCACGAUUGCACACACCCCCCACCCCCCACCCCCCCGAGCAGAUGAGCCAAUCAGCACUUUAAGAGUCCAUCUGAGGGAGUGGCUAUGGGAGGCACGGCGUUUAAACACAAAUACGAGCGUCAUCUUUAGUUUUUAGUUGUUAGUUGUUUUGUUUCCCUGAAGUCCAGUCGCCUCAGAGCCGCAGCACUGAUCCUGAUGUUGUUAUGGAAUUAUUUCUCAAAUCCAGUUUGUGUGCUACUGGAACUUUGUGUUUGUGUAUCUGCUGACCUGGCAGACUGUCAAGUGGCGUGUUAUACCGGAGCGUCACGUCACGUCACGUCACGCGUGUGAAUGUGUUUAAGUACAUACGGUACGAGCGCAUGCGGUCUCUCACUCGUAGACGCCGGACGUCACCGUUAACGUUUACGAUCCGGCGUCGUUAACGUGGCUAAAGCCAAAGAUAUUAUCCCAGCUUCGUCUGUAACGUCUCACUGUAUCUCUCCCUGUCUGAAACGAACAAAAAAAAUCAUUUAACAGCAUGUUUUUCUUGUUCUUUACUUACUCUAUAAUCAUACAUCAUAUAUCUGUCCUCCCGAGUAUAUACUCACUCCGGCCAGAACGCCUAGCCGUAUAGAUAUUAACACGUGUAUACAGUACAUUCGCACCCCCACAUGUUAGGAAUGUCAUGAGACUUUUUCUCUACCGUAAAUAAAACCACAGCCGAAUUCGAACACGAAGGAAAACGACGGAUUCUUUACGAAACCUAACGAAAACUUCUCCCCAAACUGCACGUGUUCCACCCCCCCACCCCCAAAAAAAGCAUGCGCUCUCUUUACACCAUCACACCGCUGUAAAAUAGUAAAAAAAAACAAAAAAACGGUGCAUUUACAUUUCUUUGUUUCUUACAAUUUUAUUUGCCUAAGUCGCAAAACUUUCACCAGAGCCGUCGGUCCGUGUCACGUGGACAGGAUUUAGUUUAGAGUUAAAUCAAAACCAGACGAAGGUCGAAGGUCGAUAUCGGGUUAAAAACGAGUAGUACGGAUAUUAGAGUAGAUUAAGACUUAAGAUCUUUUAGCUGUCGUUUAGUUUAGUUUUAGACGAUACACAUCACUGUGCUCCAUGCAGUAGAUCUCCUGCUGUGUGUGUUUGACUAUUAGGACGUCGUGAAAGUCGAUUCUGAAUCAAAACAAAAAACAAACAGAUGUCGCUGUUUUAACGUCUAUUUUUUUUUUUUAAUUUGUGGAAACGUCAAACGUCUCGUUUGUUUUGUACUUUUUAUGGCGUCGCCCUGUUUCUGUGUCAGAGAUUCUCUCAGGAAAGAAGGGCAUUACUGUGUGUUAGUCUGCGGUGGGAAAAUUACUACAGUGUUCUGUCGUGCACUAGCGCCACACGUGGUCACGAGCGAGUACUGCAUCCGGAGAAGAUAAAGAUCUAAUAAUAAUAAUAAUAAUAAUGCUAAAAAUCAUCAGUGGUACAAGCUUACUGUCGAUCUCGUUCUCUAAAGGAAACGUCUUGUGCUUCACAUCUCCCGAAGUAAAACGAGACAGGACGGUGUUUUUUUUUCCCCCAGAACAGUGCAUUAGUGCUUUAAUGUUUCUACGUGAAACACGUUAGUGCAAAUGGUGAAAGCAUGGCCUUUUUUUUUCUUUUUCUUUUUCCUCCUUUAUUAAACACAUCACCGAAACCAGACCCGUGGAUCGACGAAGAUCCACAGCUUUUAAGCACCAUCUGCUAUUUGCUGAGAAAUCAUUUAUGUUUAGUAUUUUAGAGCCUUCGGUUGAAAGAAGAAAAAAAAAAAACAGGGGAUUUUAUUUUUUUAGCUUUCUUCGUUGCCCUGAUUUGUUAUUGACAUGAUGAUGAUGAUGAUGAUGAUGAGCAUCUAUUUGCACUGAAUAUGCAUUUUGAAGAACUCUGUAUAAUGUAUACAACGGCAAGCUUACAUUUCCACCCGUGUGUGGAGAGAUACUGUAUGUCCAGACAGAUAUCUGUAUAUAGUUUGACCUUUGUACAUAUAUACAUAUAAAUGGUUGUGAUCACUUUGGCCUUUUAUUUCUCUCUCUUUUUUUUUUCUUUCUUUCUUUUUUUCAUUGGCAGACAUUGCUAACUGCAUUGUGCUUGAAUUGGAAUUUAGAUAUGUACAGCUUCAGUAUCUAUGA